GAGAAAGGAACAAUGGCAACGCCAGAGGCUCAAGUGCAAGCCUUGGUGCAAGAGAUGGUAGCCUUGAGACAAGAAAUGGCGACACAAAGGCAAGAGCAGCAACAGGAACUGGCCAGGGUGCAACACAGGCCGCCAUGGCAACACAUGGUCUACCCUGACCUGAGAGAAGUGCUGGAAUGGUGCGAAGAAAGGGAAAAGAGCAUCACGGGGGAAGAGCUGAGACGAGCUUUGGGAGACCUGGCUGAUGCACUCGACCAAGUGAAUGGUUUGGAGGAGAAAAGCAGGGAACUGGCUUCUGCGUUACAAAUGGUUACGCUGAAGGAACCGUUCGCCAUUGUGGUGAACUGUGGUACAAGCGGGUUGGAAGCCUGGAGGAGACUGUCCAGGAGGUACGACCCAGCUACAGCUUCCAGAAAGCGUACCAUGUUAAAAGCAGUCAUCAACCCACAGAAACAAAAGCUGGAAACGUUGCCCCAAGCUAUCCAAGAGUGGCUUGACGCAGUGAGAACCUACGAAAAGAGAAAAGAUGGCACGGGGUCAAGAACGACCAUCUCUGACGAGAUAAAGAUGGCCGCCCUAGAAGCCAUGCUUCCACCUGACUUGGAGGCGCAUGUCCAGCUUAACCAAUCAAGGUUUGGAACCUUCGACGAUCUCAUGGAGGAGAUUACGCGCUUUGUGGAGCACAAGACUGGCAAGAGCCUGAAGUUAGUGUCAGCCGCCAGUGCCUUGGCAAACCAGAAUCCUCUUGGUGACCCGAUGGAUGUUUCAUCUGUUGGGUACAAGGGAUCUGGUUCCAAGGGCAAGACCACCAAGUUCCUUGGUGCAUGCCACCACUGUGGGAAGACAGGGCACAAAGCAGCGGACUGCUGGGCCAAGAGCAACAAAGGCUCAGUAGCAAAGGGUACUGCCGGUAAAGGUCCAGGGAACAACACGCAAGGCAAAGGAAAGUCCAAAGGAACAAAGGGAAGCAGUAAAGGUGGUAAGUCCAAAGGCCAAAAGGGAAAAGGAGCCAAGGGCAAAGGGCCCGGCAACAAAGGAAAGGGCAAAGGAGUCAACAAUGUGGAGCCUGAAGAGGGAGCUCAGAACAAUCCCAAUACAGGAGAAUGGGAACAGGAAUGGAAUGAGGACGGCAACUGGGAAGCCGAAUGGGCUCAAGAAGGUGAAUGGCAAGAAAGCAAUGGCUUGCUGUUGGGAGGUCUCGAGGUCGAAGAACCAGAGACGCCCAAAAGCAAGGACAGUUCAAAGGCCAAGCCAAAGGCAAAGGCAACCGCGUCGAAGACAUCGACUGCAGGAGCAAAAGCUGUGCCGACAGUUGGCGCAUUUAGCAUUCCCUUCGACGUGAACAACUUGAACGAUGCCGAUGCAGCUGUGCUGGAACAAACUCUCCAAACAGGGUUAGCCGCGCUGCAGGCAAGAGCUAAAGCACGGUCACACUUGCCAGCAGGAAUGCCGUUUCCAAAGUUGCCGCCGCCACCGAGGCCAAGGGCCAGUCAGGACGCUUCGUCCUCGACGGGGCCCAGUGGCAGUGGCAAGGCACAAAGACCCUUAAAGCCCCCAGAGCCGAUGGGACCGCCACCUAAGAAGGCGACAGUGCGAGAUGGAUCAAAGCGACCACCUGAACCCAAGGUUCCACCAAAGAAGGAAUCAGUCGUGGGACCGCCACCCAAGGUGUCGAAGUCCAAGCAAGGAGCAAAGCCAAGACCAAUGCCUGCGAAGAAGUUGGCAGUCAUGGCAAUGUUGAAGACAAGGAGCGAAUGGGGCCGCAUGAGGUUCCGUGAUCGUGUUGAUCACCAACGGAAGAUCAAGAAGCAUUUGCCCAGAGGAAGUAUGGGACAAUUCAUCUUGAGAAAGCAGGGCGCCCCAUGUUCAACGUGCACGGUGCGGAGAAAGAUCAGCACAAAAGCAGCAAGAGCUUACAUCGCUGCGAAAGCAGCAAGGGCAAAGAGGAACGUGCCGUACCGAAGGAGAAACGAAGCCGAACCGAGUGAAGGCGGUGAGUCUGUGGAGCCAGAAGGUUCCGAGAAAGGUGAAAGUGAAGCACCUGAAGUCGACGAGGAAGUCGAUGAGACCAUUGAGGUCGAAGAUGAGGAAGGAAGCUGCGAAGAAGUCGUAGUGAGAGAGGAGCCUGCGGAUAGCUCGCAAGGGGCUGUUGAAGGUCCCAGUAGUGCGAAGGGUGCCAGCAUGGGAUCCUUCAGCGUCGCAGGCCAGACGGGUGUUUCACCUGUCGUGGCCAAGGGAGACGCGGGUACGACGAUGAGUUCGUCUAGUGCCAUGCACAACUUGUUGGUUGGAUCGUUGGCUACGACCAACCGGAGAAAUAGGGAGUUAGCUAGAGCAAGGCUCGAUGCGUUGAAAGAACGCUCAGAGAAUGACUUCCUGACGGAGGAUGAGCACAUGGAAGUCGAGGCUCUACAAGAAGAGCUGGAAAGACUUGACAGGGAAGCGGAAGAGCUUCGGGCGCGUGGUCGAGGGAAAUCGGCGCCAAAGGCCGCUUUCGACCGACUAAACCAGGCGCACCAUGAUGCGCGCUACAGAGCUGCAGUAGCAAAGGGAGUGCCACAUGCAAAGGCAUGGAAGGCUGAAAAGGCGAGGAGAAGGUCUGCGAUCCACAGGAAACAGGGAGUACAGGACAGGGCCAAGGUUCAUUUCAAGAUGACAGAAUCUUGGACAAAACACUUCUGGGGAGGAGGCCCAGAGCAACCGGAGGAUCGCCAAGACAGCCAACGGGAGGCUGAACCGGAUCUCCCGACCGUGGUGAUAGACAAAAGAGGUAAUGAAGUUGCGCCUGCAAGCAACAAGGUGUAUCUGCGACCGCUGACCCGGAAGGAAAAGACCUACUACAGAGAAGAGGGACCGACAGAACUGAAGCCAUCUGUGGUUCCUGCGGUCUAUGCAAAGAAGGCAAACCGCUCAGAAGAGGCUCGUAAGGAAGCAAACAGAAAACGGGCCGCACGACGUAAGAGACUUGCGGGAAAGGGCAAGUGGAAGUCCAAUGUGAAGAAACGCCAGCGAUCCUGGCAAGAAGAGGACGAAGAGUCAGAUGACCCCACCUGGGGAAAAUGGCAGGACCCGGAUAGGGAUCCUGAGGAUAAGGGAAAGGAUUGGUGGAAAGACCACCCUGAAGGUCCAGGUGGAGGACCUGCAAUGGCUGCAGUGUGCUCCGUGGCUUCCACCUCGGAUGUUUCAUCUGAGGGAGGAAAAGUCGAAGUCAACUUUGACACAGGAGCUGCAGUCACAGUGAUCCCAUUGGAGUAUGGGACAGGAAACGAAGUUGGCUCUGAAGCCAAAUACCGAACAGCAUCCGGAGACGCAAUCAAGGAUGCUGGCCCAUGCACUUUAAAGGGAAGACUCAGGAAUGGAGCAGAUACAGAGCUGACAGGACGUCUCGCGCCGGUCCACCGCAUUCUGGCGUCGGGGACAGAAGUGUGCAAGACCCAGCACGCGGUGCUGACGGAGCAUGGUGGAUUGCUGAUUCCACGGAAUGGAGAAAUGGGACGCGAACUGACAGCGUUCACGGGAAAGUUGGUCAGGAAAUAUAAGGGAGACAUGAGCAAUGCAGCAAAGCUGACGGUACGCCGGGGAGUGUACUGUUUCGAUAUGAAGGUUUCACCAUCCCUGGAAGAAGAAGGGAUCGAACAACCUGAGGAGCCGCCCGGCGAGGAACAAAAGAGGGUGUUGGUGCCGAGAGCGCCGUCGUUUAGAAUAGGCGAAGAUGGGAAAAGUGCUUAUCGGCGAGCAUUGGGCCGCGAGUGGAGAAGGCCCACCGUCGUCUUCGGGGAGCAAAUCUUGUUCAAGCCACUUGGGGCCGAAGGACGAAAACGAGCUUCACCCCUCGAAGCAAGAGUGGCCUUGGGCCGCUAUAUAGGAACGGCGAGUCGAAACGCCGAUCUUUUGGUGAUGACUCCCACCGGAGUUGUAAAAGGACAUUCUCUACACCGGCGAGCAGAAAUCGACCGUUGGUCAACCGAAGGAUUUGGUGCACUCAGAGGAUUGCCGGGGAAGAUGUCCAAUCCGGUCGAGCGAGCUCCACCAAAUCGAGUGGAUAUGCCCGCUCUAGUUGGAGAACAGCCAAAGGGUGAAGAGAAGGACUUUAAACCAAGACAUCUCUAUGUUCUCAAGUCCGACAUUGCAAAGUUCGGAUACACGCCAUGUUGUCCUGGGUGUAUCGCACAGAUCGAAGGAUCAGCAGCAAGAUCUCACAAUGAAGAAUGCCGACUUCGCAUUCAAAGAAAAUUGAUGGAAACAGACGAAGGCAAAGCAAGAGUUCAGAAGGCCAAAGAGCGAGUAGAAACAGAUCAUGAAAGAAAGGCCAAGAGACCGGCCUUGGAAGGCCGGCCGCCGCCCGAUGUGCCGGAAGUUGCAGCAUCAGAAGCUGCAGGAGCACCAUUGGCAAGGCCUAUGGAAAUAGCGGAAGAGAUGGCCCCAGAAGGAGGCCGACGAGGACAGAAAAGAAGAGGUGAAGAUCUUGAGGAUCUUUACAGGUCUGAAGUACCCGAUCCUGGAUCCAUGGACGAACCUCUGGUCAUCUUCCAGAGAGGAGGAUCCAGUGGCUCAGGAGGGGCAAAUCCUGUGCCAGAGCCAAUGCAGGAAGAACCUGCCCAAGGCGAUGCCCAAAUCGCUGGGGAGGAAGAGCCUGGCAUUGGGCUCAUCGAAAAGAUCUUCCAUGACCACGGCAUGAAGUGUUCAAGACACGAGGCAGAAAGCCUGUUCAACCUGGUUGCUUCACUAGGUGUGGACCACAAGGGCGAGUCCGUCUUGAAUGAUGGCCUGUGGCUGAGCAUGGAAGAAAAGGGUUGGAAACUUCGGACAGACAAGGAGUUCGAGACGAUGUUCCAGACGCUGGAGAAGAGUAAGCCUCUAUUACUCACAGGGUUACCAUCCAGCGGGGCAUUCGUCGAACUUCAACGACAACAAAACGAAUUACAGAAGGUUUCAAGAGACGAGGCAAGAAAACAGAUAGCAGAUAAACGAAAGAGCAUGCGAGCCUGCAUCGAUGCCUACAGGCAUCAGGUCCAUGAAGGGAGAUAUUUCCUGCAAGAGUGUCCUAGAGGCACAAAGGAUUUCGGGACAAGUCAAUAUUCCGACCUGCACGAAGACACGUUGGUUGUGGAUGGACCAAUGUGUGUGUGGACGGUUGACGAGUCCGGAGGAAGACUUGCGGGAUCAAAGAUCAGGAAACGCACGCGAUGGAUCACAAAUUCAGUAACAGUGGCAAGGGCUCUCAAAGUAAUCUGCAAAAGCAACGACACCAAAACUUGGAAGCGGACCCUCACGUUUGAGGAGGGGAGAGUUCAAGUGCCUACCAACUAUCCGCCCAAGCUUGUGUAUGCUAUCGCAAGAGGAGUCCGAGCUCAACUUGUGCUUGAUGGUCAAAUGAGAGAGAUAGGUCAUGUGGGUGGACCAGAUCCACAUGAGGAAACAAACUACGAGGAAUACCAACAUGAGAUGCUGCCAAGCGCGACUGAGAUGUACGUAAAGGAACCAGUGUUGGAUGCCAACACUGGCCAAUGGGUGAACGCCACCUGGCCUAG